GUCUCCAAUAAACAGUUUCUCUGAUUAUACUUUUUUCUUUUGUCAUCUACUUGCUUCAUGCGGAAAUCAGCCAAUGUUGACGGCUAAAUAUCUUCCAAUCCAUGUCUUAAUAAGACAAUAUUCCACUCAUUGCGAAGACAAAAACGGCGAAAAUUUGAAUAAUGAAAUGGCAUACAGUAACACCCAUUCGAUAAUUACGUCAUUUGGCCUGGGAGCCUCGCUCUUAUGAAUUGUGAGCCAAUCACCUUGUGUAAUUCACUAAUGAGAGCGAGGCUCCAGGACCAAAAAGUAUGUGUGACGUAAUUAUUGAAAGAGUGUAUCAGCAAUGUGCAACCAUGCAUUCAUUGCCAAAACUAUAUUAGAAAUAUUUUGCAACCAGAAUUUUUGGCGUAGUGAAAUCAAAUUUCGCUAUCGUUGAGUGAUAUGCGGCCGGUUUUAGUGCAAAAUCAAUUGAUUUCUAGUGUACAUACAAAUAAAAGUAUGCCUCGCAGUUUGCCGACUCUGGUCACGUUACGUUGGGUGGCGAAAGAUUUAUUUACAAUUCAUCGUGGCAAAUAUGAAACAAGAAAAUAUAGAACCCGCAGAAUAUUGUAGCGUCCUUUCUGCUUCUCAAUUUUGAACAGUGCGACAAUACAGCUGGUACUAGCCUAUAGGUAUUGUAAAAAUAAAUUUACAAGUAUACUAUUUAUAGCAGGUAUAUAUGUAUAACUAUGUAAUAUUUGUUAUGAUAGACUGGUGGAAUAUUUGUAUGAUCUGAAUUAUGCAUUACCAUUAAAUUUCAUUGAGCAACCGUGUAAUAUUAGACACGUCUCAUAGACCCAUGGUUUGUCGGCAAACCGUAAAUUAAUGCUGAAAUUCUCAGGUUCAGUGAAAUUCAUUCUUGAAUCACAACUUAUUGUUUCAAUACUCCAGCUAUCUAGCGCGCGACUUUAGACCUUUAUUGCUUUAAAAAAGACACUACACUUCUCAAAGAGUCCAAAACGUUGAUCGUGAAUGGAAUUUGUUCAAGGAUUAAAUUCAUUUGGGAUUGGGAAUGGUCGACAAGGAGUUAACAUAUGAAAGAUAUUACAUGUAAUGAAUUUCAUGUAUCUUAUAAGCAAUAUCCAUGCAGAAUACUGGGCCUCCCCAUUCAGCCCAGUCAAGCAGAAAAUCUUUUGUAAUUCAGCCAAAAUUUGAUGGAUUUGUUCUUGGCAUAUGACCAUUGAUUCUACAAUUUACCUUCUGACGUACAAACACAAACCAUAGUUAAUAUAUAUAUAUUAACUAUGCACAAACUAACAUGCACAUACGAAGUCACAAAACCUAGGUGAAAAUGCAUUUCUGGCGGAUCCGAAGUUACUGAUCCGAAGUUCACAGGAGGCAGGAUCGGAAGUGUGUCUCAUAUUUGCAUAUCAAGUUUCAAUUGCUAUCAAAGCCGGAAGAACUUUACACCAUACAAAACAACACCAUAUAUAUUAUAGCAUUAGGUGGCCAAUUUACAGGAAUAUUUGUUAAGCAGGUAAGUAACUAUGUAAUAUUAUAAUAGACUUUUAAUUUGAGUGAUUCAGUAUUGACUAUUGGUACUAUUCGUAUGAAAACGUAUUAUAUUAAAUAUGAUAUGUAGUUCAUUUCCCCCACAUAUUUCCGUUCUCUGACUCUGGUUUGUGUACUAAGUUAUGUAAUCUCAAUCAGUGGCGUAGCGCUCAUUGGGAGGGUUAGUUCCAAAACUAAGGGCCCCCGACAAUUAGGGGCCCCAUCACCCACGGCUUAUCGCCCAGAAAAUUAGAAAAUGUAAAAAAUGCAGGUUAAGAAUCAAUGGGAAAAUGCAAAAUUAAUAAAGAAUUAAACCUCCAUCGACAACGGUAGCUGAUUUUUUUAUUCCAUCUCAAAUAAAACAAAUGUUAUUCUUAUUAGUUGUUACAUGUGUUGGAGACUGUUAUUGCUAUAGACAUGGAAUUUUCCAGACUACAUUCUAUAAAUACUCAAUAUAAAAAUAUAUCUCAUGAGUCAGACAAUGACAACAGUCAACAGGGGCCCCCACACCAAAUAUGCCUAAGGGCCCCCUGUUCCUCUGUUACGUCACUGAUCUCAAUGAAAUUUAGAUAUGUGUCCAAGAUACAGUGGGAGAGCUCUCCUAACUGACUUCAUUCUGAGGACAAGUACAAGUACUGCAAAUAACUAACUAUAUUAUAUAUGCAGUAACAGCUUAAUCAGCCUGAAUUAAUACAAAAUGUAUAUAAGCUUUUUGCACGGGCCACAUUUUCUCACCUCAUUGUAUGUGAAAACUGAAAAGUGUAUAGCUAGUAAGUUUCUAUACGAGUGUGUCCACUAUCUGAAGAUUUUGCCACUAUAGCUACCCCACCUAACCCAACACCCCUGGUCCACCCUUAAAAGUUCAUAUAUAGCAACCAAAUACAAUAUCAGAUAAAUAUACCUAAUGGCUAAUCCCUCAAUAACUACAUUGACAACCCAAUGUUUACACAUUCCAGUCUCGUGUGAUGGUCUGGGGCUGUCUGGACUUGCGACGUUAGAUUACGCCUAAAGACACUAAAUUUUUCAGAAUUUUAGGCAUCUAAGAAGGGUUUUGACUUUGAUGUAAAUUUCGAGUGUGAAAUUUUAUACAUUUAUUAGACCUAACCAUGAACAGUUGCGGAAAAUACAACUAUAUAGUCCCUCUCGGGCAGGAGUCGAACCUGCGGCCCUGCGAUUCCGAUCCAUGCAGUGCUCUAACCAACUAAGCCCAGAGUCCAGUUGUCGAGCUCUAAUAUAUAGGUAGUACCGAGAAUACUGAACUAAAUCAAUAUAUAUACCUACAAUUCAAAGCAAACAUUCCCCAGCUUGUUUAUAAAAUUGGAAAUAUUUCUUCAGUACUUUUGUCUGGAUCAAUAUAUAGGAGUUUUGUUUUCUGACGUUUUGUAAUAAACAAACGUGCAGAGAAAUACACAAACUUGAAAACGACGGGUAAACUUUUAAUCCAGGGGCCGGUUGUUUAAAUCUGGAUUAUUGCGCUAACCUUCGGCGCGGUUAAAAUUUAACCUGCUGUUUUGGUUUAUGUAUUUCCACACGUCUGUUUAUUUCACAAAACUUCAGAGAAGAAAACUUCUACUGAUCCAGACAAUAUUUCUGAAGAAAUAUUUGUAAAUUUAUAAAGUUUGCUUUAAAUUUUAGGUUAACCUAGGGUUAAGCUAUUAAUCUGCUUUCGAAAAACUGCCACAGGGUUAGAUCUAAUCCAUAUACUAAUUUGAAUUGGCUUUGCUGUAUGUCUGAUGUAGCAUUUCCUUCUUCAACCAUAGAUUGAUUAAUAUUUUAUUUGUUUCAUAUAGAUUAAUAUCACAAAAUAUGACUGGUUUGGCGUUUGCCAUAUUACUUGAUCUCUAUUUUUUGUUAUUUCAGCCUUGUAAAGGUAAGGACUCUAUUAAACUAUAGACACUAGACAGAACAAAUAAUAGAUUAAUUGUCACAGUUUUUUCUCGAUAAGCACAACAAGUUAAUACUCAAGGUUUUGGUUUUAGGGAAUAUAGGCCUGACGGAACAAAACAUGUUUAUUUAACUAUUGGGUGCUUUUUCACAUUCUUGAAUCUCUAUAUGACUAUAUGAAAACAAUUAUAAUUUUGCAUGGGCAUAACGCUUGAGUCCAUUUCCUUAGCGCUGCAAAGUUUAUCAUGUACAUUCAGAAAACAAACUUCGCGAUUUCAUCUCGCCUAGUUCGAUGAAGUCACUAAGUAACUUCAAAUGUCCGAACACUUGUGUGGAAUUUUGACAAUGCGCAGCCUUGCAUGCAGGAUAUAUGUUUUCUGACAUAUUCACAUAUUCGUCUGUGAAGCACCCAAUGAUAGAUAAGUUCUAGGAACAUUGGCUGACCCUGAAACGUAAUCUGAAUUCCAUUAUUUUUAACUUCUAAAAAUUAGAAUUUUUGUGUUUAGGAGUGAUCAUUUCACCACGUGAUGGAACAAAGCUUACAUUUCUACCUGGAUCAAGUAGGAAUAUAACAUGGACAUUUGAUGAUGCUAAAGCAGCUUACCGGGAUUGGUCUUUCACAAGUAGUGACGGCUUAGGAAGUGGGUUACUUGGAGGAAUAGUUUCUGAUUUUGAGCCUCAAACAACAACGGACGUCUUACCCGGGGUUAACAUAAUAAAGCCAGGAACAUUGCCUUUAAGCAAUGUUGAUCAAAAUUAUAAUGGAACAUACACCUUUCUCCUUAAAGUAAAUGGCAAGCCAGAUGAUACGUCUGAUGUGAUUGUUUUUAUUGCAAGUAAGUUCAUUAAAAAUAUGAAUAUAAAUUAUUUGAAGGUUUCGUCACGGACAGUUUAUAGAAGGGACAAGGCAGCAUGUAUGAAGAUCCAUGCAUGCAUGCAUGCAUGCAUGGGCAUGCUUAUUAGAAGUUAUCAUAUAUAACUGAUUAAAGUAUUUAAGACAAAAAGAUUCAGAUCUAUUCGAUCAUUUUUGAAAAUCGAACAUGCAUAAUUAUGUCAACAACCAAAAAUUUUGAAAUCCAAUGACGAAGACUAUGCAAUUAACGUCGCAAAUUUAUUCAGCAGUUUGGCGGUCGCUAGUUGUACGGCGUCUUCGUCACAUUUUUCAUACAUGUGUAUAAAGUCUCGAUCAAUGCAAUAUUUUGAAAUACUUCUUAUAUGAAAUAAUUUUUAUACUGUUCCACACUGGAAAAUUUAAACAAUUUGCAAAUUUUGGUUUUCUAAACUUUCUAUAGAAAAUUUCCGCGCUUUUUCUCGAAGAUCUCUAUAUACUAUAUAGAAUUUUAGAGGUUGACCGAAUUUCAAACCUUAUUUCAGGUAAUUUCUCCGUAUUUUCCACAAUAUGAGAGUGUUUCAAAUUUUUUAGUGGUCCGUGCAUUGCCUCCCAGAGAAAUUGGGGGGCCAUGGACAAAUUUGUAAUUCGUGGGCCCUAUUUUUCCCCAAAAAAAGUUGGUUAGCGAGGGGGGGUUGGAAAAAGUUUUUUUGACAUCGCUUUAUUUUACUACCGGUAUUAAAAAAUUGUCAUUGUCAAUGACUUACUGGCCAUUUUCAAUGAAAAUCCGCAUCAAAAUCUAGUUCAAAUUUAUCCAAAAUACCGUUGGCAACAAAUUACUUUAGUUCGCAACAAGUCCCGAAAACGCAUAAGUGCAUGAGUAUAUCCUGCCAAAUGAUAUCUUUAGUAAACAAGCAUUUAUUGACUUCAAUAAUUCUCUCCAUGACUGAAUUUAUUUAUUUACUCGUCCUUUAAUUUUUAAUUUUUUUGUUAAAACAUCGAUCUUUGCCCAACCUUAACUUUACAAAAUAACUUUACCGUACAUUUUUAGUAAAGCCAACUGUGACAACUUGUUCCAGUCCUGUCACAGUGAUUGAAGGGAAUGAUCUUACAUGUGAAUGUCAAGGACAGGGUGGUAACCCUGCUGCCAAUGUAACAUGGUUUAAAGAUGACAUACAGAUCGGUAAAACAGGAAAGGAAGAACAAACAUUAACUCGACGUAAUGUUAGUGCUGCAAAUAGCGGAACGUACAAAUGUGUAGCCGAGAGCUAUCCCGAUGCAAAGUUUAAAGAUGAAGGAUUAAUCACAGUUGUAAUAAAACUUAAAUGUAAGUAUCGUUGCCGUUGGUACUCAAGUUAAGCAUUAUACAGUAUUUCGGUGUAUACUGUAUAUUAAUAGAACUACUGUUUAUAACCUUACUACUAGCUACUAGUCUAAAUACAACAUGCAUGCAGUGACUGUUUUACUGGCUGUGCAAGAAUAGAACAUUGCAAUAGAAGAUAAAUUGCUAACGAUUCACAUGCAUGAACGAUUAGUGUAAUUGCAUGAACUAUAUAUAAUCUAUAAGCCUUCUGGCUGAAAUUGAUCUUGCAUGUGGCCUUUUGUUCUUCUGUUUUAAAUUCUGCAACUUCUUCAGCAACUUAAAAAUAGGAAAAUAAACAUUUAAAUUAUAAACUGAAAUGUUGAAAUAUGCAACUUAUCCUCGAACAGAAUUCAUUUAAUUUUAAACAAGACUCUCUAUAAGCGUUAGUUGUAUGCUACGUGUUACUCAUGCAAAGUUCUUCUUUCUUACAUUUUAUUCAAUUAACGAGUAUUUUUAACUAAACUUUUUACAGAACAUUGUUUGUUGUUUUUUUCUAGCGCUAGACUAUAAUCUGAGCCUGUUUCCUUAGAACUGCCACUGAUACUUAUUUGAGUGUAAUAGUUGUUCUGUAAUUUUUACGUUACUAAAUCAAACAUGCAGCGUAACGUCUUUUUUGAGACAGUCAGCAAUUGUCUAUUUUCAUUAGUAUGAUAGAGAUUUUGUUUCUGUUCACAGUUAAACCUAACGAGACAGCCAUUAGGCUUACGCCAGAAAGAUCUGUAAUUGGUGAAUCAGUUAUCAUAACUUGUGAAUCUAGUGGUUUGCCUAAGCCACGUUAUUCCAUAAUCCAUAAUGAUACUGAGGUUAGUAGUGAGAGGACGUAUACCAUAUCCAAAGUGAACUGGAGUGAUGCUGGAACAUAUCAAUGUACUGCGGAGAAUGAACUUGGACGUAAUUCAAAGUGCUCUUGUUUGACCGUCAUAGGUGAGAUAUUCAAAUCACCGACUAUUUAUAAGACUGAAAAUAUUAAUAUUUAAUGAUCUAGUUUACCGACAUGACUUGGCAUGAAACAUGAUUGGACUGAUGGGAUGAGAUGGGACUACGGAAUGCAUAUUGGAGUCCAUUUUAUGUCGUUUUUUUUUGUAUAUGCAUUUGUGCUCCUCAUUCUUGUUAUUCAUAGUUUCAGGUUACUAGAAAUCUGAGCUUUAUAUACAUUAUCUUAUAGUACUAGUCUAAGUACACCUUCACGAGUGCACCAGCCUGCCACCAGCUCAAGUACACGGCAAUAAUAAUUGGAGUACCAGUGAGGUACGACUGAAAAUAUUGAUCCAAUUCAAUUAUGAACGAAAAUAACUUUGCCUGCAUAACAAUCGUUCACAAAUAAAAUAAGUUUUAAAGAGCACCGCCCUCAAAUAAACCCCGCAUCCAAAGCACAAAAAACUGAUGUAAUGAGUGCAGUAUAGGUACCAUUUCUGCACCAGAAUGACACCUACUGCAUUAUUGUCCGAUAUGUCCUAUAUUCACCAUCAUCAUAUAUAACCACAAGUGAGCACUGAUCAGAAAUUUAACUGCAAGUAGCUGAAAAUUAACUUAUUAUGUCUAUUUAAUCUUACUUCUCUCAAUGAAUCAGGGCAACCUAAUAAGAAAAAUAUACAACGUGUUAUAUGCAUUAAUAUUGACAGAUGUAAUAUCGCAUCAGCAUGUACAACACUGUCAUUGGCAUCUCAGUCUCAAUUCCUCCUCAUCCUGCAGUUACAAGUUGUUUGAGCUAAUAUUCUAAGUUUCUAACUGAUCAAUUGUCCAAAUGUUUCUGUUCAGGAGAGAAAGCAGCUUCUAAGAAAGUGGAUUGUGAGAGCAGCACUGAAACUGUUGUAGUAUGGCAUAUCGUGGUAUCUUUGGUGUCUGGAGUUAUCAUUGGGCUUUUUCUUUCCCACGUUGUCACGUGUUCUCGUCGUCGCUGGUUUACAAACAGAAAACCUGAACAAAAUCCUGAACGAAAGACAGCUGAUGUUGAUACAACUUAUCAAGAGCUUGAUCUAACAAAAAUAAACACAGAAGAUAAUUAUCAGUCGUUGAGAGUGAAUGCUGCAAGUAAUGUUGCUGGAAAUCGAGCUGCAAAUGACGAUGACUCUACUUAUACUGAGUUGAACGAAACCAGAGAUGUGGAGAACAACUAUCAAUCUUUAACUUGAACCUGGAAUAUCUUUUAAAGAUAAAGGUAGCCUUCAGGCAUCUUUAUUGGGAUCACAUGUAUCACAUGUUUUAAAACCACAGAAACCAGGGUAACCUUUAGAGAUGCUUGCGGAGAAGGCCAGAUUAAAAAUCAAGGAAAAUGUUUUUAUUCAACAGUGGGUCUGAGACUGUCCCAACGGUCCUUUUUCUUCUCCAGACGUAAUUGGCAAUGGCUGCGCUAACACCAAACCCACCACACCACACCUGGUCUCCCCGUCUGUUUUUGGUUCCCUCUUUAAGAUACAUUCACAACCAUGCACAACGUAUCCAGCUUGUUAGUACACGAAAAAACUUUAUAUUACUUGUCAUGCCCUGUGGCCUUUGGCACUAUUCAACGGUCAAUUUUAAACAGUUUGAAAAAAAUCAACAACCGACCCCUGUCAUAUGUAGCUAUACAAACGUUUACACAUGCCAAAUAUGCACAAAGUCUAAAAAAGUUU